UCGUGCGCCGAGUUGAGAGGUGGUCCCGCUGAUAUCCACAACAGCAUGGAGGAAGGUUCUACGUCAAACGUGCUGUCGAGAUGCCUGGGCGAAAUCUAGAAGGAGGCGUUGGUCAAGGGCGUUGUCGCGUCGAAGUCGCCACUACGUUCUGGUAGGUUGUGAGUGUAAGACAUGGCGCGGGUGACGGUGGGUGGUGCUAGAGUUAGUCAGAGAAGUGUACCCUCUGACAGAAUGAGUAGCGGAAUGGAACUGCGUGCUGCACGGAAUGAGAAGGGAUGGGACAUCGAUAUUGUUAUCGAGAUGGAGGAGGAGGAAGAAACGCCCCAGCCUCAGACAGUGGCGGCGCCAUCAGGAACGGAAACACAGCAGCCGCUCCGAAACCCCUGCCCCUACCAGCGUGCCUUGCUCAAGCGCAGGCCGCUCACUACCACCCCCUAUACCCAUUUUCUCGAUUUCCACCUGCAACCAGCUCUCCCUCAGACCAAUAGCCAGCAAAACAGCUUCUCGACAACUACAGACGCGCUCAUGGACAACUUUUCCUGGUCAGACAGCGUCCGCGCAGCCAUCGCCCCGUGUCUCCCCUGCUUUUCAGCAACAUCCAACAGCCCAUCCAACGGCGAAGGCAGCGGCACACCCAGCACCAACACGAGCCGCACCGACCUCGCCCACCUCCUCGCAGACCCAACAAGCGACGUCGACAGCGACGGCGAAGCCCUCUCCCUCCACUCCGCCAACCCCUCCUCCCGCCGGCGCCGCCGGCGAUCGAAAAAGCAGAAGAAGGCGCCCAAGUUCUCGCUCACGCUCUUCGGAUACACGUUCGGCCGGCAGCCGAUCUACCUCAGCGACGACGACGACGAUCUCGUGCCUAGUGGCCGCCCUGUCGUUGUCUCGGCCACUGCGUCCUCGUCGACGCUCGACAGCGACGCGGCUCCGCUAGAUGCGGCGGCGAUUCAGCGGCUGACGUCGCCGCAGCCGCAGAAGACGCAGGAACAGGUCGAGGAGGAAAGAAGGAUGGCGGAGGAAGAGGAGGAGAGGGUGCGGGCGAAGGCGGAGAGGAAGGCGCGGAGGAAGGAGCGCAAGGAGCGCGAGCGCGAUGCGGCGUUGCAGGCCCUCGGCGGUGGUCCUCAGGAACUGGAGCAAGGGGCAGGCGAGUUCGAGGGGUUCCAAGAGGGCACGGUACCGUAUCCCGAGGACACGUCUUACUACGAGCCGCCCAGCGCGAACCUAUCGCACGAUCGUCAGACGUUCGUCCAUCAGCAACAGCUCGGCGCAGCCAACGCAGCCCUCGACGAAGGCAGCGGCUCGGACGACGCCGACCUCGGCGGCGAGCUCUACACGCGCAAGAAGCGCAGCUCGGUGGCCGCAUGGGGCGGCUCAGACUCCAACUCCAACUCACGCACCUCCGCGUCCGGAGGCUCAUCGAACCCCCGACGCAUGUCGCUCCCCGCAUCCGCGCCGUUCACUCUAAACCUCCACCCCCAUUCCCAGCAGCAAGCCCCGCAAAGGCUGCUUAGCGCCGGCCCCCCCUCCGCCUCCGCCUACCCCAGCACGACAAUGCCCACUCUCACUUCAUCCACACCCACGAAGAAAUCCAAAGACAAAUCCUCGUCCGGCGCGUCGAAAUCGAGGCGCCGCACAUCCACCAUUCCCUCGUCCUCCGCGUCUGCCACGACAGCGUCCGAGCGCACACUGCACUCCCCCGCACAGUCCAUCUCCGCCGCAUACGCGCCCUCGCCGCUCGUCAUCGACGCCGGUGCUCGCACCCCCGAGCGCAUCUACGACGAUGAGCAGGAGGCUGCGGGAUACAUGCACGGGCCGCCCAGCGCGGGACUGCCCAGCGCGGGCUUUUCAAGCAAGAGCGGAUUUCCGAGUGCAGGCUUGACGGCGUCGGGCGGGGGGAGGACACGCAGUGCGAGCGUGGGCAAGCGCGCGACGGCGGCGAUGGACGGGCGGGCGCUGCACGAGCAUGGGCAGCGGCUGGGUCGGAUUGAGCAGGAGUGAGGUAACACCGUGAUGCUUGCUUCGCUGGCUUUUCUUCCUUUUUUUUCGGCGACUGUAGGAUCUCUUGUUUAAUUUCUUGUGUGAUUUUCACUUCUUGUUUUCUGGUUCGGUAGACUCCAAGGAUUGACGUAGACUUCCUCUUCGCGUUGUCCACUACAGUAAUUGCUGUACUCUCAAUCUUACCCUACUUGCUUUAUUGUUUGGUUACGACCACCUUAUGAUUGUCUACGACUCCUCCACCCUCCACCCUCCUCCACCCUCCACCCUCCUCCACCCUCCACCCUCCUCCACCCUCCACCUCCCCAUCCC